AUAUGACAUGAAACGGAGAUCCUGAGAGAGCCGGUGCAAAUGUGAUAGGAACCGUCCUUUGCAGGCGGCUGUUCUGCAAGCGCUAAUUAUUUACUGUGGUAGCCCCUGUGACCGAAGCUGAGGCGUUAUCGAUAAAUCGGUUUUGCUGUUUUUCUGUGUGGAAAUAGGCUUUGUUUUAACGUAUCACAGGCCAAAUUACACCCCGAUCAACGCAAGCGCACCACCAAGAAGCUCAAAUUUGUGUAUUAGACAUGUCGUCGAAGAAGAACCAAACAAAUGCGCUGAAGGCUGAAGAUGUUGUCCAGGCUGUGCUUUUGUCUGAUAAUUUUACAGAAAAUAUUGCACCUUAUUCUCUUAACUCACCACUGGGGUUGGUCCCAUUGGUGAAUGUGCCACUACUGGACUAUGCCUUGGAGUAUCUGGAAGCAGUUGGGAUACAUGAGUGCUUCAUAUAUUUAUGCAAGUCUCCUGAUGAAGUUAAGAAAUAUAUCAGUGCAAGCCGCUGGCUGGAUGGUAGCAAUCCGAUGGUGAUACACAUCCAGACGGCGGAAGACUGCCUCUCUCUUGGUGAUGUCAUGAGAGACCUGGAUGCCAAGGCGCUCAUCCAGUCUGACUUUCUUCUCAUGUCAGUUGACUGCAUCACAAAUGUUGACAUCGUGCCCAUCAUUAGGGAGCACAGCGCGCGCCGGAAGGCGGACGACCGGGGCUCGGUAAUGACGCUGCUGUACCGAGAGGCGUCGCCGCGCCACCCGGCCCGCCACUGGGACGCCCAAGUGCUGCUGGCGGCCGACCAAGAGACGGGCCGCGUGGUGCACCACCAGCGGCUGGCGGCCGGCCAGCGGGGCAAGGUCACACUCCCCCUGCACAUUUUCCAGGCGGCCAGCGCCGUGGAGGUGCGGUACGACCUGCUGGACCCGGGCAUCAGCAUCUGCUCGCCAAACGUGCCCCAGCUCUUCUCGGACAACUUUGACUUCCAGACGCGCGACCACUUCGUGAAGGGCAUCAUCGUUAACGAGGAGAUUCUGGGAAGCACCAUCUACUACAAGUGCCUGAGCGCGGACUACGCUGCCCAGAUCAGCGGUCUGAACGCGCUGGUGACGGUGACGCGGGACGUGAUGGACCGCUGGGCGUACCCGGUGGUUCCUGAGAACCGCGGCCACACCAGCCACAUCCGCUGCAUCCAGCGGAAUGUCUACAGGCACAGGACGGCCACCGUUGGCAGGGACAGUCGGCUGGAGGAGAGCGUGGCGCUGGCCGACGGCGUCAUUGUGGGACUCCGCUGCCGCCUGCUGCGAGCCGUCGUCGGGCCCGGUUGCCGGCUCGGCGACGACGUGGUGCUCGAGGACGCCGUGCUGGACGCCGGCUGCCGGCUGGGAGACCGGACGCGCGCCUGCCGCGCGCUGCUCGGCGCCGGCGUGCAGCUGCGCCCGGACGUGGUCCUCGAGCCUGGCUGCGUGCUGGGUCCGGGCGUGGUGGUGGACGAGAUGCGCACGCUGCCGGCCGGUACCCGGCUGGCGGCCCAGCCGCGCCCGGACGAGUUCGGCGACCUCCAGCAGCCCGAAGUGCCGCGUGAGCUGGUGGGCGACAGUGGCCGCGGGUUCGUGUACGCGGCGGACGACGAGGAUGAUCCGCUGGCGGCGGCGCCUCUAGGCCCGGCCGUGCCGCCGCCGGCCAGCGUCAGCAGCGACAGCGGCGAGAGCAGCGACGACGAGGACGACGAGGGGGAGGAGGGGGAGGAGUGGGCGUCCGGCGCCGCCAGCCCGCCUCUGGACGACACCAGAAUGUUCUACAACGAGGUGUUGGACAGCCUGGUUCGCGGCUACAGUGAGAAGAUCCGGACGGAAAACCUCAUCCUGGAGGUGAACUCGUCCAAGUUCGCUUACAACGUGACCGUCCAGGAACUGAACUCGCUGGUGGUCAAGGCCAUCCUGUCCGUGCCCGAGCACGGCUGCGACCAACCGCUGCCGCCGCCGGCCUUCCUGGCCAAGCUGCAGUCGGUGCUGGCCACCUUCAUGCCGUUGUUGGCCAACUACAUCAAGAACGAGGAGUCUGAGUGGAGCUGCCUGCGGGCGCUCGAGACGUUUAGCUGCGAGCACGCGGCGAUGGCGGCCUGCUUGGCGAAGGUGCUGAUGGUGCUGUACCAGAAGGACAUCCUGUCCGAGACCACCAUUCUGGCCUGGUACAACGAGUCGCAGGAGCUGACGCCGGAGGCGGUCCGCGUCCGGCAGCAGGUGCGGCGUCUGGUGGAGUGGCUGGAGCAAGCCGACGAGGAAUCAGAGGACGACUCGGGCAGCGACGACGACUGAGCCUGAACAUCGCUUCUGCCAGUGUUAAUCGGUGGUGUUGUUUUUACGAGGUGGAUGGACGUACCAAUAAUACAGUGCCGUGGUGAAGCUAG